AUGCCCCUAGAGACAGCACUUUCAGCUGUCCUUGCCGGACUCACUGUCCUACUCUUGUAUGCCUCUGUAAUGAUAAUGAAGCGCCAGUCCCGCAAAUACGAGCACAUCCCCAUGGUAACCCCCAGGAUUCCACUUGUCGGAAAUGCUACUAGCCUGGACAUGUCUUGCUGUCACACCGUCCUGACAGGAUGGGCUACCACGUUCGGGCCUAUCUUUAGGAUUAAACUGUUCCAGGAAGAAAUUCUAGUACUCAAUAAUUUUGAUAGUGUUUACGAGGCUCUGGUGGUAAAGGGAAGCGACUUCGCCGGUCGACCACCCAUGUAUCGGACACUGCAGGCGGGGCGACACCGACACUCCAUUGUGUGGCAGACCUAUACAGAUAAGCUUCAGUUUCUCCGCAAGGAAGUUCUCAAAUCACUGAAGAUGUACGGCGGAGGCUGUGAGCAGCUGCAGCAGCGGUCUGAUCUGGAGAUUAGCCACAUGUUGGAGCACAUUGGCAAGUGUAGCGGGGCGGACUUUAACCCCUGGCAUCUUAUUUACGAGGCUGUGUCCAACGUCAUGCUUCGAUUAACACUAGGCACUCACUUGGACCAGUCCAGUCCCAGCUUCCAGGCCAUCAAGGACAUCAACCAUCUCUUUAACGAUACCUUCGGACCAGGACAGGCCGGGCUAAUAGACUUCCUGCCCUGGCUGGGCCACCUCGGUUACCCCAAGUUCCGGCGACGACUGCAAGCCGCCCUUACCUUGAGAGACCAGUUCUGGCAGCAGCAGCUACAGCUCCUUAAGGAGCAAGACAGCUCAGAGUGUAUAGUCCAGACCAUACUGUCCCUGAUCAGUGACCCGAAAACUGACCACAUGGAUAUCACGGAGGCCACCGCUAAGGAGGUUUUUACAAAUCUGAUCCUAGCAGGAACUGACACAACAGCUUCAGCCCUGACCUGCCUGUUGCUGGUAUUUCUUCACAAUCCCGAUGUCCAGGAUAAAAUAUGGGCGGAGAUAAGAACUCAUGUAGGUGAAAGCCGGUUAGUGAGUCUUGCAGACCGCGCCAACAUGCCCUACAUGCAAGCCGUCCUGUUGGAGCUGCUGCGCUACAUCUCUCACGUCCCAUUGGCUGUGCCACAUUACACAAUACGAGACACUUGUGUCCAGGGAAUACAUGUACCCAAGGAUAUGACAGUGUACAUCAACUUGUGGUCAGUCCACCACCAUCCCGCCGACUGGGAUCAGCCGUGGACUUUCCUGCCGGAGCGCUUUCUGGACCAGACCGGUCAACUGCUGCCUCUCAGUAGUCCAACCAGGAAAAGAUUGCUGAUGUUCGGUGCUGGCAGGCGGGUGUGUCUCGGGGAAAUUCUGGCUAAGAACAGUUUAUUUCUUUUCGCUGCAGCUCUGGUACAGAACUUCCGGUUUGUUUCCUCGGCCAAGGACGAGAGAAGUGGUCAGCUGCCUCCUGUGGACCCCAGAACCUACGAGAUGGGACUGGUGCUCCACCCGCGGCCCUUCCAGCUGAGAGCGAUACCCCGUCAUUAA